UCUCUCUGUGGUUAAAUAGCAAAGCGCGCUGCUUCUCGGGGUAGACAUCCCACUUUACAUAGCGAGGGUAAUUUAGAUAAUCUACCUAUACAAGAAAUACAUUAAAAAGGCGAAUAUAACCCAGCAGCACCUUAACAUGUACUCAAACAAAAACGACGGACCACGUAGAGGAAGAUCUUUUGACUCCAUGAACAUUGGCUUUGAAGAAAAACUGCUGAACAAUGAGAUAAACAAAUCAACCUUCACAAAAAUUGAAGAAAACACUGAAAAGAAGAAUAUAUCAGAGAAAGGGAGAGCAACAAUCAUCUUUUCCCUCAAGAAUGAAGUGGGAGGACUAGUAAAGGCGCUAAGACUCUUCCAAGAAAACCACGUCAACCUUGUCCACAUAGAGUCCAGGAAAUCCAAAAGACGCAACUCUGAGUUUGAAAUUUUUGUGGACUGCGACAGCAACCAUGAACAACUGAAUGAAAUCAUCCAUCUGCUUCGAAAGCAUGUGAAUGUGGUGGAUAUGGAGCCUCCAGAUAACUCCUGUCUACACGAGGAAGAUAUGCAUGAUGUACCUUGGUUCCCAAAGAAGAUUUCAGACUUGGACAAGUGUGCUAACCGUGUCCUGAUGUAUGGCUCUGAGCUGGAUGCGGAUCAUCCGGGUUUCAAGGACAAUGUCUACCGGAAAAGGCGAAAGUACUUUGCUGAUCUUGCCAUGGCCUACAGACAUGGGGAUCCUAUUCCACAUAUUGAGUUCACAGAGGAGGAAGUGAAGACUUGGGGAGUUGUGUACAGAGAGCUCAACAAGUUGUACCCCACCCACGCCUGCCGGGAAUACUUGAAGAACCUGCCACUGCUGUCCAAAUACUGUGACUUCCGGGAGGACAACAUCCCCCAGCUGGAAGAUGUCUCUCGCUUCCUCAGGGAACGCACUGGAUUUACCAUCAGGCCUGUGGCUGGUUACUUGUCCCCUCGUGACUUUCUUGCUGGUUUGGCCUUCCGUGUUUUCCACUGCACCCAGUACGUCCGGCACAGCUCCGAUCCCUUGUACACCCCGGAGCCGGACACAUGCCAUGAGCUGCUGGGUCACGUCCCACUGCUGGCAGAGCCCAGCUUCGCCCAGUUUUCCCAGGAGAUCGGUCUCGCUUCGCUUGGAGCCUCAGAUGACUCAGUUCAGAAACUGGCCACAUGCUAUUUCUUCACGGUGGAGUUUGGCCUAUGCAAACAAGAAGGGCAGCUGCGAGCAUAUGGAGCCGGACUGCUGUCAUCUAUCAGUGAGCUCAAGCACGCACUCUCUGGCAAUGCAAAGAUAAUGCCCUUUGACCCCAAAGUGACAUCCAAACAAGAAUGCAUCAUCACAACCUUUCAGGAUGUCUACUUUGUAUCAGACAGCUUUGAGGAGGCCAAAGUCAAGAUGAGGGAGUUUGCCAAGACCAUCAAACGUCCUUUCACAGUGCGAUACAACCCUUACACCCAGAGUGUGGAUGUGCUAAAAGACACUCCGAGCAUCAACAAUGUGGUGGAGGAGCUUCGACACGAGCUCGACAUCAUCGGUGACGCCCUCUGCCGGCUGAAUAAGCAGCUGGGUGUCUGACUGCCCACGCUGCAGCUGAAGUUAUCCACCUGACGUCCAUCAACGCUUCCCGCGUCGACCCUCAAGCACUGCUGUACACUGCCUAUGUAUCGUCCUUCGUCAGUGCAAUGGAUGUGCCCUGCGUUUGUAAAACCGCUCCUGACUGCAUGGCAUAUGGCUUAUACAACUUACAGAGGUACAUUAGAGCUGUUUAACCCAACAUACUGCUUUGCCUCAGUUGGAUUCUGUAUUGCAAACAAUCACUGUGCUUUCGUGGUGCUUCAGUACCCUUUUAAAACGUCCCCAGCUGUUCCAAACACAAAUGUGGUUUGCUCAUCCUAUUGUUAACUCUGCUGUUGUAUAUUAUCGUGACUUUUUUUGUAUUUCCUUUUAUUCCUCUUCACAUUUAAUUUUCCUCCCUUCAGUGACGUGUAUAAAAUGUACCCUGUUUGUAUUCUUUUGGUGUAUGUAUCAUGUUCCUUUUUGUGUGCUGUUGAGGGAAAUCGUGAAAGAUAACACUAGUGUUACUAAGAAUAUUUUCAUGACUCAGUACAACAUAUAUGGCCCCUGUACCCUGAAUUAUUUUAUUUUACAGUGAUGAUUUUGAAUACCUCCUUUUGAAGUGAAUAUAAUUCUAGUACUCCUUAAAUGAAUACAUUAUUUUUCUACUGUAAAGAAAUAUAGACAUUAUGAGUAGGCUAUGUAUCCAACUACUGAAAAAAUAAAUAAAAUGUUCAGUGUGUC